CAUAACAAACCUUUCAUCUAACCUGACAAAUUUGCAAUGUUUACGUUUUUCCUUAUAUCGCAAUAAAAAUGAAUUUAUCGUGCCUGAGUACAAUCGACUGCACUCAGGGCGCAGUGCGAGCGGUCAGGUUCAAUGUGGACGGAACCUACUGCCUUACCUGCGGGGCCGACAAGAAGAUCAAGCUGUGGAACCCAUACCGGCACCUAAUGCUCAAAACCUAUGGGGGACAUGCGGGCGAAGUCCUAGAUGUGUGCGCUUCAUGCGACAGCAGCCAAAUCGUGUCCUGCUCUGCAGAUAAAUCAGUGAUAGUCUGGGAUGUUUCCACUGGACAGCCUUUGAAACGCUACAGAGGGCAUGCAGCAGGAGCCACUUGCCUGGCGCUAAACGAGGACUCAACAAUAGCGAUAUCUGGAAGUCUGGAUAAUACCUUGAUGUGUUGGGACUUGCGGGCUAGAGGGGACUCGGCGUGCCAGACUUUGAGGGAAGCCAAGGAUUGCAUCUCAACAGUGCGCAUCAGUGAUGUGGAAAUACUUUCCGGCUCAGUGGAUGGCUGCGCCAGGCGCUACGAUCUGAGAAACGGCAAAUGCGAUGAGGACUUUGUUGGAGCCUCAAUCACAUCAGCAACAUUUACUCGGGAUGGUCAGUGCCUUUUAAUCGGAGCAGCCGACAAUAAACUGAGGUUGUUGGACAAGAACACUGGCGAGCUUCUUUUAGAAUACACUGGGCACAAAAUCGAUAGUUUUACCAUAGAAAGUGAAGUGAUCACUAACGAUAACUAUAUCUUAUCCGGAUCAGUGGACGGAAAUGUUUGGUGUUGGGACCUGGUUUCCGGUGAGGUGAAGUACAAGUAUACUCACGAGAGGAACAAAGUCGUUCAGUCGAUUAGCGUGCAUCCGAAAAAGGACGCGUUCCUUUCCGCAUCUACGAACACCAUCAAGCUGUGGGGCGACGCCAGUGAGAUUCCGCAGGAAGAGCAGUCGGGGGACUAGAAUUAUUGUCUCGCUUGUAAGUGGUUGGACUAAUGAUAUAAAUAAUAUAUUUUUCAAUGGUG